AUGUUAUAUACACCGUCUCUAUAUGUCUAUUGUUUUCACCAAUACCAGACACUGCGAAGUGCAGUCUUAGACUCCAACGAGGCGUUAGAAAGUUUAUUCAAAUGUGUAGUACUUCCGAUGGCGAGGUUAGAACGAGAUGAAACAAGAGCAGAGGGACGUUUUUGGGGAGAUGAUACAUUCUUUCAAUUCUUUAUUGACUCAAUGAAUAUCCAAAGUAGUGGAAAUUUUCAUUGUGAGCUUUUCACGGUUAUGGCACUCAAAUUACGGUUGUUAGUUAACAAGUUAGGGAAGGAGAAAGUGUCUCUCUGUUACCCUGAGUAUUACACGUUCUUGAUGGACGUUGUACAUUGUAUUAUUAUGGUGCAGACAUUUCUUUUGUUGAACAAAAUAUCGCGGUAA